GCGGGGUUCUUCAGUAUCUGUUUUUCCCAACGUUCCUAUUGUUUUAAAGGCCUCCUUUGUUUUUAAGUGUGUGGGUGCUGUCACAACUCCGGGGAACGAUGUGAUACUGCGGGAAAAUGAUAAUAAAAGAAGGCUGAGACGUGAGUUGGUGUCGUGGUCAGAGCCGUGGUGUGAGGAGGACUUCGAGACGUGAGACGCGUCGUGCUUCGAGCGGCCAUUUUGUGACUCCGGGCACAGUCACGGCCCUUCUACUCCGCCGCCUCCGAUUCGUGCCCCGAGGUGGCAGCUGAACCCGUUCUCCGCUUAGGCCCGGCGUGACGCCUCGUCCUGCCACAGCUUUCCAUCACCUCUGGCUGUCCUCAGCCUUUUGGCACUUCCCCCCCUUAGCCCUUUUUCUUAGCCAGUUUCCCGGCGCCGAGCUGUUAAGCCGCCCAAGCGGACCGUUGUCGCCUUGAGAGCGCCGGCCCCACCCGGCGGUUUCCGGCAGCGCUUCGCGAUGAUGCUGUCCGGCUCCGCACGUGCUCAUUCCGUCCAAAGUGUCCUUCGUCUUCGAGAAUAUUCUGCCUGAUGUGGUCCCGUUGGGGCGAAGCCUGGCGUCGCCGGGUCCGGUCUGCAAAUGCGGAAGCCCAGUGUGGAAGUGUCUCAGAGGAUAAUACCCAUCUGUCAACAACCUGCCAAGGAUAUGUUUUACCAGAAGGAAAAAUCAUGCCAAAUACAGUCUUUGUUGGUGGAAUUGAUAUAAGGAUGAACGAAGCAGAAAUUCGGAGUUACUUUGAACAAUAUGGUACUGUGAAGGAAGUGAAAAUAAUCACUGACAGAACUGGUGUUUCCAAAGGGUAUGGAUUUGUUUCAUUCCUGGACAAUGUGGAUGUUCAAAAAAUAGUAGAAUCACAGAUCAGUGUCCAUGGUAAAAGGCUGAAACUGGGACCAGCAAUUAGAAAACAACAAAACUUGUGUUCUUAUGUGCAGCCUAGACCAUUAGCUUUCAAUCCUCCUGCACCACAAUUCCAUAGUGUAUGGAGUAAUCAAAAUACAGAGACCUACGUGCAGCCUCAAGCUGUGGUGAGCCCACUAACUCAGUAUGUGCAGACAUAUGCAUACAGUUCACCAGCUUUAUUGAUACAGCAGCAAGUUCCUGUAGGAUAUCAGCCAGCAUACAACUAUCAGGCUCCACCACAAUGGAUUCCUGGGGAGCAGAGAAACUAUGUUAUGCCUCCGGUUUAUACUUCAGUAAACUAUCACUACAGUGAGGAUCCAGAGUUUAUACAGACAGAAUGUGCUGCUCCAGAGCCCACACAGUCGUCUGGUAAUAGUCCACAAAAAAAGUCUGUGGACAGGAGCAUACAAACAGUAGUAUCGUGUCUGCUUAAUCCUGAAAACCGCCUGAGGAACACCUUUGUAUCACAAGAAGAUUACUUCAGGGAGAGGAGGGCGCAUCACUUCAGAAAAGGAAGAGCAGUGCUCAAAAGUGUUUGAUCAACAAAGACUUUGAAGUACAUAAAUGUAUUACUUUGAUGUUCUUACAGUUCAGUUUAGUAAGAUGUGUAGUAAAAAGUGUAACCUUUUUUCAGAAAGUUGCUUCAAGUUGAAGUUUGAGUUCCUGUUUUACCUGUUCCAAAAUAGCUAUUUUUGCUUGAGAAGUUUGAAGUUGUAGAGUUGAAAUACUUCCAGUAAUAAAACUAGCUUGCAUGCUUUUCCCACUAACUGAAAUGCUAAUCUUAAAGAACUUAAAUGGGGAAGGGGAAAAGAAAAACACUCUUGGUUUGUUUGAUACAUGUGGAUUUUCUUCUGAGCUUUAAGGUACAGUUUGUUGCAUGUUAAAAUUUUGUUCUUAUUAAACCACAAUUUAAGUUACUAAUGUCAACCAGUUACCUCUUGCAGUUCAAAAGUUGAAGCAGUUCCUUGUCCAAGAUGGAGUAUUUUAAAACUGAGCUCUUAAUCAGUGGAACAGAAGACGUCAAGGUGUAACUCAACUGAAGCCCUUUUAAGUCCUGGUUCUCUUUAGACUACAUAAUCAAUGUCUUUGUUUGCUAAUGACAAUUUAUCUAUGUGAAUCCUAGAAUUCCUGUAUGUAACUUAAGAUGCAAGAAUGUAAUUAGUUACAUUGGCUGCUCAGUGGAGUAUGAUUUUUUUUUUACUGGAUUAAUUUUAGCAAUACCUGUAUCUUAAAAUUGUGAGAAAAUACUGCAUUUAAAAUAUGCCUAACUUUGUGAUGCAAAGUGUUAAUCAAAGAAUACAUGUAAGCAUAUUUUAAUAAUUAUGUAGAUUUUAGUCGUAUUUUGAAACAAUA